AUGAGUAGCAUCACAAACAGCUUUUGCUUGUUGCCAUUGGUGUUCAUCAUGAUGAUGAUGGCUUUCGCCGAGUCAAGAAUCAUGGUCCCACCCAAGUUGAGUCCAUCAUCCAAGAACAAUGAUCAUAAACCAGUUCCAACGAUGGAAUUCACCAAACUAUCGCCAUUAUCUAAGCCAUCAACAAACGAUCAUAAAUCUCAAGACGAGUUCUACCAUUUUGCUAAAAAUGUCGAAGCUUAUAAGGUUGCUUCAUCUGGUCCAAGCGAAAAGGGUAGAGGCCAUAAGUGAAGGUGUACAUGGGUAGUUUCAGUCUUUUUAGAUAACAUAUCUACUGUACCCUUGUGCUAGUUUUGAACUAGAUAUUUAAGGGUAUAGUGACCAUGGUGUUAUGUUGAAAACUAGGCCAAGUUAUGUGUUUUAGAUUCGAGUAUCUACAUGUUCUAGCAGUAUAUGGUAUGUAUAGGCGUGUAUGCAUGUUGGCGUUUAUUUCAAAGGAUAAAAAUUCUGAUAAAAUGGAG